UGAAGGACAACCUGUUAUGUGUAUAAAAGACAGUUAAAUUGAUAAUGUUCACAGAACUGAAGAGCUUGUUGAACUAUUUAGUGAAGUGAAAUACAUUGGAAAGUAAUUUUUACAUUGUAAAACAAUAUGGCAUCCAAUUUUAUUUCAGAAAAUGUUGAUCAUGAAAUACAUUUUACUAUCGAAAAUGGAAUUUUAAAAGGCAAAGAGUUUUCAUACAUAGUAGAAGGAAAAAAUAACUUCGGCGAAAAUUUAUUAGAAAAAAUGAAGAAAAAUCAAAAGUCUGUUGGUCAGGUUGAUGCAAUCACUGGAAAGAUCGAUACAUUUGGAGAGAUGGUAGACAAAACCAUUAAGUGUGCACUUUGGCUUCAGAGUCAAAACGUUAAACAAGGCGAUGUCAUUGCCAUUUGUACUCACAAUCACAUGAAUCAAGUAGUUCCAGCACUUGCUGCGAUGUGCAUUGGUGCUAUUUUCAAUCCCUGGUGGGAUCAUGGAUUAACUCGAGAUAUUACAAAACAUUUUAUUAAUCUAACACAACCAAAAAUACUAUUUGUAAAUGAAGAGUGCUCAAAGAUAGCUAUCGAUGUCACUAAAGAACUCAAAUCGAAUCUAAAAAUCGUCGUUUUCGGAAAUUUUGAAGGUUUGGAAUCAUUUGAAACGAUAAUUUUGAAGCAAAUACCUGCUCAAGUACAAAAUUUUUGCUGUGCCAAAUUAUCGAGUGUAGACCACCCUGCACUAAUUCUUUACACUUCGGGAACCACUGGACUACCUAAAGGCGCUCUCCAUUCUCACAAGGCAUUAUUUGGAAAUGUCCAAUUGACAGAGCAUAUUAAUAACAAUUGCGAUACUGCAAUGUGGUACUCAACUCUUUGUUGGAUAACAGGAAUACUUUGUUCAUUUUCCUCAAUCUCACGUGGUAUGAAACGAGUAAUUCCUGGACCUUUUAUAGAAGAGGACGCAUGUAAAGUUAUUGAAAAAUUCAAGGUAAAUUGGUUAUUGAUGGGAACUAGCAUGGCUAAUAGACUACUGAAAUCUGGAUCCAUUACUAAACAUAACGUUACUUCUGUGCUGUCACUUCUUAUCGGUGGAGCACCAUUGAAAGAAGAAACACAAGCAGAACUUCGUAAAGCUUUUCCUAAUGCAUUGGUAUUACAGGCUUAUGGUACGACAGAGUUGUGUGGAAUAGCAACUAGGCAGGGAAAAAAUUACAAAAUAAAUUCUGUUGGAAAUGUGGUCGGAAAUCUACGAAUAAAAAUAAUAAACCCCGAAACUGGAAAAAUUUUAGGCCCAAAUGAAAAAGGUGAAGCUUGUAUCAAAUCACCUAUGAUGAUGACUAAAUAUUAUAAUAAUCCAGAAGGAACAAAAAAAGCUAUUGACGCUGAAGGAUGGCUCCAUACAGGUGAUCUGACGUAUUACGAUGAAGACGGUGCACUUUUUAUAAUUGAACGUUUAAAUGAACUAAUUAAGUGGAGAGGACAUCACGUACCACCUGCUAUGAUCGAAAAAUUAAUUCAAACCCUUCCGGGAGUAGCUGAAGUUGCGAUUGUGGGGGUCCCUAGUUUAGAAGAUGAUGAGCAACCUUUUGCUUUUGUUGUGAAAGCGCCAGGUUAUCAUAUCACUGAAGAAGAAAUUCAUCAUAUAGUUGAAAAAAAUUUACCUGAUCAAAUGAAACUCAGAGCAGGUAUCAAGUUUAUGGACACAAUACCACAUACGGCUUCUGGCAAAAUCAGUAGAAACGAACUAAAAACGAUUGCAAAAUCUCUCGCAAAAAACUAGAUCAAGUUGACAUAAAGGUAGAUUUGCGGAAAUUAGUGUGUAAUUAGUAUAUUUUACUCUAUUGUAUAUUUUAGAUACGAUAUUAUUCUAUAGCAAUAGUGAGCAGUUUCACUCACUAUCGUCAAAUAAAUAAA